GAAGUGGAGGGAAUUUCGAUUAAGACACUGAGGUUUUAAGCACGUUUAAAGAGAACUUGGAGUUGGACAUAAUCUUUUUCUCCUCCGGAGAGCACUAAGUUUGAAAUCUACAGGAUUUGAACCGGAAGAACAUCUAGGAAAUGAAAUAAAACGUCACUUGCCUUACCGAAAAAUUUCCUUCCCACUCAUUUCUAAUCGAGUGGGCUUUUCGGAAGUGUGUAUGUCGGACAAAACGUAGGUCAUUGUGAACUUGACAUUACAGUCGCAGUUAAUUUGAGAUUUGAGAGAAGAAGUAUGGGAGUUGCUUCUUUUCUUUUGGUCGUUACUGCCCUGGGCGUGAAAUACGUUGCGGGAUUUGACUGUAAUGCGACCACACUAGCCAAUCAUUGUUACAGUGAUUUGGUUCAUUAUGAAGGACUGGGGUUCCCAUUGUAUGGUCGGAAUGAAGAAGAGUUGAAUGAAACGUGCAGUUUGAUUGCCGACUCAUUCGACUGCAUAGACGAAUAUGACGAUCGUUGCAAUGGGAAUCCGGAAUGCGAUGAGGAAUGUGUCGAUUUGUUGCACGACAUCAAUAGAUUUUCUAAAAGUACGAGGUUGAGAGAUCUUGAAUUCGAAAUAUGCACUCCUAACAAGCCCCUUCGAAAAACCUAUUUGGAGAACAGUAGAUGUCUGGAAAAUAAUGCUUUGCUCUACGCAAAAUGCCAUAAUGACUCACAGCUUUCUCAAGAAUUCAUGGCAACAAUUCAAGAUCCGAGAGAAUCUAAUGCUGCAAGGUGUUGCUUCUUCUCUUGGUACCAGGAUUGCUUCUCCAACAUCACAAGGGAUGGCUGCAGCACUAAUGCAACUUUCUUCGUGUCCUUUACCCUCCACAAACUUCAAGGUCACAUGAAAGCUCAUUUCUGCAACAAUAAACGACUCUUUUGUGACAAGGCACCACUACCGUAUUGGUACGAAGGGCUUGCGGGCGAGCUAUAUGAUGACGAACAUCAUGACGUCACAGAAAACGAUAUAGACAACUCAAUAGACGACGAUAUAGACAAUUCAAUAGUCGGCGAAAUGGACGCAUCUGCUUCAGCACACUGGUGGUCACUAAAAGUUUUAACGUUUGCUCACUUUGCUUUUGUAAUUUAUAUGCACUUAUUUUAAUUACAGUAGAACCUCUCAGUAAGGAACACUAAGAGGAACGGACAAUUUGUCCCUUAAAUAGAGGUGUCCCUUCUUCGGAGAUACAGGUAGUAAUCAAAAUAAUGGAAACACUCUGUGACAAGUGUGUUGGGAAUCACUACUCUGCCGUAAAUGUUCUGUUAAAAAAGGUGCUUCUGACUGCAAUCACUCACACUGGUGAAUCCAGAUGGUCAUUGAGUUCUGUGGUCGCUUUUUCUGCUGUUGUUCGAUUUUUAGACUUGACAAUCCGCUUCAAUACCCGUUGGUUUCUUUCCCUGAGCUUCUCUUUCCCUCCACUAUUUUGCUUUGCCGAGCUUGUCUUACCGCGUUGUGUGUGUGCUGUCAUGACUUUAGAUACUCUAGAUACCUCUAGAAACGCCAAUAAGUUGAGAUGUUUUAGUUACACUUGCUUCCAGUUACACGCGUUCCAAUAAUUUGGCCUGUUUUAAAGUUUGCGAGGUCAGACAUUUUACGUGCUUGAAAAAAAUCCAAGAUUUCCAGAACUUCAAUUAAGUCACCAUAUACAACCAGAAUAUGUACAUUGCUAUUUAUAAAAAAAAAACACAUACCUAGUUUUGUUCUUCAUUACUUACGAAGCACAUUCAAACAUGUCACUUUCAUUCACAGGUGUUUCCAUUAUUUUGAUAACUACCUGUAUAUGAAUUCAUGCAUGUUCUGUUAACCCAGUCUAAAUUCAUAAUAAACGUAAACUGAUAACAUUUAAAAUUAAUUCUUGAAAAUGUUUCUCAUUUAUAUAUAAUAAAUAAAAUUCAGAAUUAUUCAGACUGGAAAAAAAUAACAUUAAAAUUGCAUCAUAAAUUUUGUAGUAUCAAAGUUUUGUAACUGAUUUUCAUUAAUUAAAAUUUUGAAAUUAAUCUGUUAAGUGGAUUUGUCUGAUGUCAUGUAAUUUACAAUGUGAAAAACAAUGUGAUCACAUUUCAAGUUUUCUUCACAAAGUUUGUCAUGGGGAGCACACUAUCUGUUGGGGUUUAGCCCAUUUGAAAAAAAAAUGAUGAGAGGGAAACGCAAGAAUAUACA